CUCAAUUAUUUCUCUUAUUCUCUCAUCACGCUCUUACCAGCUCUCUCUCAAUCUCAAACUAUACUCUUGUUUUCUCAGUGUUAAGGUAAGCACAAUACUCUAGCGGCGCCUGCAGUCGACAAUCAUGUGAAGCUCCACUAAGUCCAAGGUGUUACUGUUCUACCGGAAAUUCAUGGAUCCGGAACUCAGUGCGGUUCUCACUAGGUUAGUGAACACACUGCAAGAGCCAUCCCCAGAGUUGAAGCAACUUGCAGCAGUUGCAGGGCAAAAGGGCCUAUUUUUAAAGAUAAAUCAGUGGACUACAGUGUUGCAGAUUUUUAGGAAAGUUAUCGAGAAAGACUGGCUACUAUGGAACGUGGAUGCGAAAAGGUGGCUGGAUGACGUCAAACAGUUGGUUUGAUGAUGUGGAGGAGAUACUGGUUGAGAUUUCCAAACAAGCUUCACGCUUCAAACCGAUGGCUCAAAGUCAGACUACCACGGGCAAGAGAAGUUCAUUAAAGGGCCUCAUCCCUGCUUGUUUUACAGGUUCGAACACAGGUGCUGUUACGUUGUUUGAUGAUAAUCUAAGUUCCAGAAUAAUUGAUAUAACUAGCCGAUUGGAAAAACUUAAUGCUGAGAGAUAUAUACUUGGACUGAGAGUGAUUGGUAGACGUGAAUUGCAGGGUCGGUUUUCACAGAUCAAAACUAUUUAUGGGCGAGAUGAAGAUAAAAAUAAAAUACUAGAAAUGGUGUUAAGGGAUGAAGUGAGUGAUCAUGCCAACUUUAGAGUAAUACUCAUCAUUGGCACAGCAGGAGUUGGAAAAACAACACUCACUCGACUUGUGUAUGACGAUAAGGCAGUGGAAGACUUCAAACCAAGAGCCUGGGUUUCCCUCUACAAAGAUUCCAAUGUUUUCAAAAUCUCCAAGGCCAUUCUAGAGUCAGUCACUUCUAAAUCCUGCAAUCUAAAGGAUUUAGAUGAAGUGCUGCUUCAACUGAAAGAAGUAAUUUUUGGGAGGAAAUUCUUGUUUGUCUUAGAUGAUGUUUCGACAGAGAAUUAUGGUUUGUGGGGAACUCUAAAGUCUUCCUUUAUGGCUGGAGCACCGGGAAGCAAGAUAAUAGUGACAACCGGCGAAGUAGAUAUUGAGUUUCCAGUCAAUCUCAGUAUUCAACCUUAUACAUUAGAGGUAUUAUCAGAUGAAGCUUGCUGGUCCGUCUUUUAAAUGCAUGCAUUUGA